GCAAGAACAAGCGGCCCAGCAAUAGAAAACCACCACACACAACACGCGGAUUCCUCCGUCAUUCACCUCCGAUCAAGAAUCUUCUUCGCACGUUCCUUCCGUUGAUCUCGCACAUGCAUCACUAGCUAUCUCGUCUCGUCUACUAUUUGAUUACAAGUAUCCGAUCCGAUCCAAUCCACCCACAAACCAUCGAUCAUGGAGCUAGCAGCUGCUUCUUCUUCCUCUGCCGUCAGGCAGCGGUCCACCGCAGCAGCCUCGCCACUGCUCCAAGAUGAUCAGCUGCAGCAAGAGAAGCAGCAAGGUGCAGAUGGUGGCUCGAUACUUCCGCCGCCAGCGCCACGGUCGGCGCUGUACCAGGCGCUGACGUCGACGGCGAGCCUGGCGAACCUGCUCCCCACGGGCACGGUGCUGGCGUUCCAGCUCCUGGCGCCGACCUUCACCAACCACGGCGCCUGCGACGCCACCACGGAGCUGCUCACACGGGCCCUCCUCGCCGUCCUCGCGCUCUCCUGCCUCCUCGCCUCCUUCACCGACUCCCUCAAGGGCACCGACGGCCGCGUCUACUACGGCGUCGCCACUCCCAGGGGCCUCUGGCUGCUCGACUACCCGCCCGGCGCGCCGGCGCCCGACACGGCCAAGUACAGACUCGCGUUCAUCGACGCCGUGCACGCGGCGCUGUCGGUGGCCGUGUUCGGGGUGGUGGCGGCCAGGGACAAGAACGUCGUGGGGUGCUUCUACGGCCCCUCGCCGGCCAAGGAGACGGCGGAGGCGCUGGACAUCGUGCCGCUCGGCGUCGGCGUCCUCUGCAGCCUGCUCUUCGUAGCCUUCCCCACCAGGCGCCACGGCAUCGGCUACCCGGUCACCAAUGGCGCCGGUGGCGGCAGCAUUAGCACCUGA